GCUUAUCAAAAUAUGAAUUAUAUGGAUGGACGGCUUCGAUAAAAAUCUUGUUCAUGGAAAUUCGGUAAUUACUCAAACUACUUUGAAAGCCUCAUUGAGAAAUAACAGAGAAGUUAUGAUACCAAUAUUGAACUUUUUUCUUCCUCAAAGUCAGACGCAAAAAUGUUUUUUCUAUGUUAUUUUGAACCUAAUAGUCUCAGUGGUUUAGACUCUGCCGUUCAGACUACUAUUCAUAUGUUUAGUUUAACUCUUUUUUUUCUUCUCUCUUUCUUCUGUCUUUUUCCAUGCAUAAGUUUAACUUUAUUUGAUUUUUCUGUACAGCAUUUUUGUUUACUAAUCAUUUAACUAAGCCUACAAAAUGCAAUGCCUUUCAGCGAUUGUGAGUUUUCUGAUGUCCUCCUACGUGUUUUUCUCGUCUUUUUCUUUUUUUCUUUUUUUCUCAUAAUAAAUAGUUUAAACCAAAGAAAAAGAAAUAUGUAAUUCUGUUUCUAGGCAGUCGAGAACCAGAAAAUAGUGCAGCUCGAAAACAAGAAAAAUUCUAGUGAUCUUGUAUACCAUUUCAAAUUUUCUUCUUAUAGUAACUUAUAUAUCUAAGCUCGGUAUGAACUGGACUGGACUAGAAAUUUUUUGAGCUCAUGGACUCGGACUGGACUCAAAUUUUUAAGACCACAGACUAGUCUGGACUAUAAAAAAAGUUUUGAAUUCACUUGAAUCGUGGAAUAAUCAGUAGAAAAACAUGUGUUGGCUGGUAGCCAAACAACGUACUUCAACGAUACGGAGUUCGGAUCCCGGCAGCAUCGGUCGCGUAAUAGUCUGUGACAAGCUAUCUAAUGCUCAUUGUCUCGGUACCUUUGGAUACAGACGCAGUGGGGUAACCAGAUCCAGUAACCAUUGGACUGGAGACAUGAGAGUUAAAGUUUAAACAAAAAUAAACCAAAACCAUGUUGUUUUUGUGUUGUGGGCUGAAAUGACUACUUUGUUUUAGAGUCCAUCGACUGAAAAAUCUCUUUUUACAUGGACCUGGGCUGGAUUGUACUAGAUUUGUUUCGUCUAGAUGGACUGGACUCAGAAGAAGAAGCUCUGUUACGUAUACUUUGAGAGCCAUUUUCUGAGAAAGUCAGGCAGUACUUGAGUGGUGACCGCCGUAACCAUCACCUACUGAGCUGAAAUUUUUGCCACAUAUACACUUACAUACAACUAGAAAACGUUUAAAAUAAAACUUUUCGAAAAUGUUUCCUUUCAGAGUUAUAGAUGUCGUCCCUUUAGCUGGUUUUCAGCCCAAAACUUCACUAAAUCCAACUUCUCAGCAACAAUAAAACGUGUAAGGCUGUAAUUUUCAUCAUAGAUGUAUGUUAGGAUGAUUACUUCACAAAAAAGUCUCUCGCUGAAACCGUCAGCUACUGUACAAAAUCUGCGUAUUACCUAAGAUGGACUACGGUAGUGCAGUAUUUGAUUCCGAUUUUUCUACCCAUCUGCAGCCUUUAGAAAGUAUCCAACGACUCGUAGCCCGUGUAACCUCUCGAAAUCUCAACUAUAAUGAUAGUCGCCGAGCUUGUGUUAAAGUGUGAUCUACCGGCCUUAAAGAAGAAGCGUCAACUUUUUCGCUUCACUAAAAAAUUUCGCGAAAAACAUAUUAUUAAAAAUAUUAUACAUCAAAAUAUUAUAGCGACAUUAUCAUUAGAAAAAGGUACAUUGUCCAAAUCGUUUUCUACACCAUUUGCGUUUUGAGCUAGAAAAACUUUUCAGAAAAAGAAAUUUCAGAUGUUGAUGUUUUGUACUGUAUAUAUAACAAGCCUGUUUGUAUUUAUGAAUCAUUUUAUUAUAUUACCAAAGAAUAUCACAAAAAUAUUUCACAUGGUGGUCGUGACAAAACACUUACUGAAGUUGCAUUACAUUAUUCAUGGAAUCCAAGAAAUGUUAUUGAAAUUUAUCUAAAACAUUGCUCAACUUGUCAACUACGAAAAUCGAUCAAACAAAUAGUCAUUUCAAAGCCCAUUAUUUCAUUGGGUGUCAUGUUGCGUCUGCAAAUUGAUUUGAUUGAUAUACAAACACGUCCGGAUGUUAUAUCAGUUGAUGUUUCAUAUUUAUGAAUUUUAAAUUGCAUUGAUCAUUUUCUAAAUUUUCUGGAGUUACCCAUUGCAGAGUAAAUCAGCGCCUGAAGUGGCCAGAAAACUGAGAGCAUUGCUUUUCAUUUUCUGGCCGUCAUGUUUAUUGCAUUUGGACAACGGUGCCGAAUUUGAAUUGACAGUCUUGUUUCCAGACAUGUGUUUUGUUCUAGAUCGUCCACGACAUCUACAGUCUCAGAAAAUUCUGAAAGAUCAAGCUAUACAAGAUGAAGUUCAACUACCAACAUCCGUUGAAGCAAAUGAAGAUUUACAAGAUGAAGUUAGUGAUACUAAUCAAUCAAGUUCAUUUACUAGCAAAAAUGUUGCUGUUGUUGAUCAGUUAUUGUAUAUUCCGGGAAAUAGUACCAUUUCAAACUUGCUGAUUGAUUUAUCGUUCUCAUCCAACACUGUUGAUAAUCCGUCAUCAAGUGACUGA